AUGGCCAAUAGUACUAAUAUUGAAGACAAAACAAUAAAGGAUAUUCAUGGAAAGUCAUCGUGGACUCCAUUUUUUCGACAGUUGUUCGUAGUUAACGGAGUAUGGACAAUAUACUUUGUGCUUGGCCUGUGUUACGGUGCCCCUAAUGUUACCAUUCCACAAAUACGAAAAGAAGCUAACUCGACGGAGGCAGUUAGUGAAGACAUGGCAUCUUGGUUGACAUCUAUCCACGGCUACAGCGCUUUGCCAUGGAUUAUCAUUUUACCAAUACUUACUCGAACAUUUGGAAGAAGAUUACCUUUUCUGAUCUUGUGUAUAACUACAAUUAUAGCCUGUGGACCCAUGAUAUUAGCAUGUUCAGUUUACGGUGAACUCACACCUAUUCGGUAUAGGAGUUCAUCUUUGCCAAUCCUCGCUAUAUUUUCUGAAGUGUUGAUGGCCACCGUUCUAAAGAUUUCACCUAACAUCUUCAAAGUAUUUGGUUUACACGGCGCUUUUCUUUUUUAUGGAAUAACAUCGUCUGUUUUUGCAUUUUUACUAUACAAAUAUUUACCAGAAAGUAAAGAUAAAACUCUGCAAGAAAUAGAAAUUUACUUUAUAGAAAUUCAAAGACAAGAAAAUAUUCCAGAACAAUUGAAAAAUCAGAAAGACAGUUAA